AUGUCACACACCGAAACGCCCAGACUGUCUGACCACCGUGCUCUCAUCUUUGAUGUGUAUGGGACGCUAAUUGACUGGGAGACCGGGAUCUAUGACUUCCUCGGACCCUUCUUCCCUGGGGAAUCUAGGGAGGAACUUGUGAUGCGUUAUGGGAACGUAGAGGCGAACCUGCAGACGCGGUAUCCUACUGCAAAGUAUCCCAAGAUCUUAGAGAUGGCGUUCAGGCGGAUGACGCACAGUUCCGACGUCGACGAUGUUGGGGAGGAGUCAACCAAUGUCAACAACUUCAAAGCUUCGGCCUCGCGAGAAGUGAAGCUGCGACCGCGAAAACAGACGGUGCGGUCACGGCUGAGUCAGGACCCCGUCACAGCGUGA